AUGGACUCCAUGGAGGAAAUGAAAUUAAUGUUAAAGUCGAUACAGGCUCAGCAGUUUAAACAAAGUGAAGAAUUUAAAUCACUGGGGGAAUGUAUUGCGAAACAAGUUUUGGACAAAUUAGACGAAAGACUAGUGCUAAUUGAACAGAAACAAUCGAACCUGGAAAACAAAUUGGAACUUCAGGAGAACCAAAUCGAACAAAUAGAACGCCGACUAAGGCAGCGAAAUAUAGUUUUGUUCGGCCUGGAAGAGAAAGAAAGAAGCUAUUUUGACUUAGAAACUACUGUAUUACGUACUAUAAACAACACUAUGCAAGUACAAUGCCACGAAACUGACAUAGAAUCCUUAAGAAGACUUGGCAAGAAAAGAAGCAACGUCAGGCCUGUUGUCAUCACAUUCACUACACUCGGCAAGAAAAUACAAGUCCUCCGUAAGAAGAAAAACCUAGAAGGUACGAAUUACUACAUUAAAGAAGACUUUACCGGAAAAGUACUGGAAAAAAGAAGAGAACUCCAAGAUCAGGCAAAGAAGGAGCGAGACAUGGGCAACAAGGUGAUAAUUAGGCAGGACAAGCUAUAA